AUGACUAGCAUUGGGAAGCAUCAAAGUAAUGCCGAAGAGCUCAUGGGCUCGCUCGUCCAAGAGAUCGAUAACGAAUUGAGUUUACAAGUCUCUAAUGCAAUAUCGCAACCAGAAGCCAAUGGGAUAGGAGACGAUACGAUGGCCAUGUUAGCCCAUUUCAAUACAAAGGAGAGUGAGAGUAGGGCCACACGAGUAACUUCCCAAGUGAAUAAAAUGGUACAGGAAAUAGAAGCUGUACAGGGUAAUAAUCUACCCCCACUGGAGAGCCAAAAACCAAUGUUCAGGGCAAGCUCGCUCGCCCAAUUGUUGAAUACGAGCGUAAACGAGCAACAAAACUCUACAAUGGAUUCUUCAAGUAAAGAAAAUAUAGAGUGGAGAGUGAGCAGUACUGCAGCAGAGACACCUGUAAAUUCUCAAUUUUCCAUCGAAUCACCCUCGACCACCGUUCACACGACGGAUUCAAGAAAUCAUGUAGCAUCACCGUUCCAUCAAUUGGGGUCAACUAAAAGUGCGCUGAUUUUGCCGCCAAAACAACAAGCGAGUAUUUCCGUAGCCGCAGCUCAAAAAAACCGAGAUAGAUUAUCUAUUCUGUCCUCCAUAUCAUCUGCAGAUGCCGAGUCGUUAUGGACAAUGGAUGCUGAGUGUGACACAGAGGAGUUGGCCAAUCCAGUGAACUUACAAUAUGAAAAGACGAGAUCGAAAGUCCAAAGGCCUCGUCUUGUUAGCAUGGCCCAUACUAGCGAGCCAAAUAGCAAAGUUGAUAAAGAGGAUGAUAAUACGCUAAGCGACUUAGAAACAGAUUUGAGGAAUGAGUUUGGCAAAAGCUUUGUCGACAUGUUCAACGUCUUUGAUGAGGACCAUAGUAUUUUAUCAAAGGCCAGUAGCGAAACAUCGAUGGAGGAUAAUGCUGAGGCUCAAAAUACACCAUCGACACGGUUUGCGUCACCGAUGAUUGUUCCACAGCAUGUUUCGAGCCCAUUCAAAGUAGUAAAUUCCCCUCGGAAAGUAUUGGGCACAUCUCCUAUCAAACAAGCCAUUGCACCGGUAGAGGAAAUGCUUCCAAUUUGCGGUAGUCCCAAAAACAUUUCACAAGAAACACCUGUGGUGAAGAAAGAGCCUUUGGUAAAUUUCGGAACGUUAUAUCUAAGAUUAUUGGAUCUCGGCAAGUUUAAUCUCGAAGGGAUCAAAUACCGAAACGCGAAAUACUCGCUUCAUCUGAACCUUGGAGGAAGAACAAAACAAGUAUCCAAAGACGUCCCGUUCCCUGCUUCUGGGAAAAUCGAUAUUCAAAAAGAAUUAAGUUUCGUGAUUGAUGAGACAUUCAAAGCCAAUACCAAAUUCCAACUAACUAUGAUCUUAAAGUACGAUCGUUUGCAGGACCAGACAAUAGAGGUUGUCAAAAAAGUUCCUCUAGGUAAAAAGACACUUUUUGGAAAGAGGAAAUACGUUUAUGAAAAGAAAGUUGUCUACCAACCUGUUGAAUUCGACACUUGGGACAAUAUUAUGGGGCCUCAGAAGCAGUACGGUAUUUGUACAUUUCAAGUUGACGAAGAAUUUUUGGUAAAAGCAAAAUUCAAGGAUUUUCUUUCUCAGCAACAACUUCGUAACGAGUGGACCAAAGAAUAUGCGUCUUAUAAGGUAGGACUUUUGACGGUUGAGGCUUGCUUUAUAGAGAGAACCUCGAAUGAAGAAUGCAUUCCAGAUCAUUCUGAUCGGGCGCACCGUAUCGUAGAAAAAUACAUGAAACAAUGUUCCGUAACGCAUGACGGGUAUUUACUACAGGAAGGUGGGGAUUUACCUAUGGGGAUUUUGAAGAAAAGGUAUUUCAUUUUGCAUGGUACAAAAUUGAUAGGACAUCAUGAGAACUCACAUUCUCCUGUUAUCGAAAUCAAUCUUUUGAACGCUGCAGAAGUGACGAGUUCGUUAGAUAAUAAAAUUACGAGGAAUUUCACGGACGCGAUCUUAUUUGGUACUAGUCUCACGGUACAUUUUCAAGACGGGGCACGUAUAACGUUGAUAUGUGGAACAACGAAUGAAGAGAUAGAUAAAUGGUACUAUGCGCUAAGCGAAGUCAUUGCCUUGAAUAUUGCUCGCCAGCCGUGGGUAAAAUCGUUGGCCAGCUGA